AUGCCUGGAGCUACAGUCUUACUCAGGUGUUCUCAGGGAAUCCCAUCUCGUGCCGUGUGCUGCCCAUCUUCAUGUGGAACCUGCGGUGGUCCAAUCUGUGCGCUUCUACCAGGCGGCAGCAACAGCUGCUGCUUCGUAAACAUUCUCGAGACUGGGAGGGAAUGUUCGACAGAGGUUGGGGCUCCGUGCGUGGUGGCUAAUGGUUUGAAUGCAGACGUUGUGUGUGAUGGAAUUCCGUCCAUUACAGUUUGCUGCCCUUCCGAUUGCGGCGGUUGUGGCGGCGAAGCAUGCAGCAAUUUCCCUGGCGGAAGUGAAAAUUGCUGCCACCGUCCCAUUGUUGGGUCUGGACGCAAAUGUUCCAGAGACACUUCGCCGCCAUGUGCUAUGUAUGACGAGUCGUUCCUGCAUCCACCAGCAACGGGUCUCGAGAGAGCCUACGCUAUGGCAACGCUGGAAUGGAUUUUUCCAGCAUUUGUUUUGUGCUUAUGUGCUCUGGCUGGGGGGCAGGAUGGUGAAACAUCCCUUGGCCUUCCUGAUUAUGAGAUUAGUGGCAGCAGUACGGCUGCGAGCUCUAGCGUGCUGAGCAACCUCUACAGCUCUCACAGCCAUGAGUGUGGUGGCCAUGAGGAGCAGUGGACCCGAUGUGAGCAAAUGCCGGACUGCGACACCUGCCAGCCCGUAGAUUGCAUGUUCUCGGAAUGGAGUGACUGGUGGCCAGGAGUUGGCUGUAUUGGGCUGAUGUUUCGCCAUCGCAGUAUCGCAGUUCCAAGCAAUCAGUGUGGUUUGCCAUGCUAUGGUUCCGGGAUCGAGUCAAAACGUUGGUUUGCAUCUGAAUGUGGGGGCACACCGCAUGAUUGCUUGAUGUCUUCCUGGGGUGAGUGGAGUGUAUGCAAGAAUGAAAAGGAUCAGUCGAUCAGGAAGCGCAUUGUCCAAAGACCAUCCUCCAACGAUGGAGAGCCUUGUAUGGGCUCUACAUCCGAAACUAGACCAUGCGGAGGUCCUCGGCCCGAACCAUGCAUUUUCGACCCAUGGCAGUCUUGGACGGUCUGUAGCGCUUCAUGUGGCGAAGGACGCUUCACUCGCCUCCGCAAAAUCAGGAGUGAAGGGCACUUGAGUGGCCAGACUUGCGAGAGUUCUUUACUGGAGACCCAUACGUGCCAGUUGAGGCCAUGUGUGUCAAAGGACUGCUUGCUGUCCUCUUGGACGGACUGGAGCUUCUGUGGGGCGGCAGGCAUACAGCGAAUGAGGCACAGAUCUGUUCUGCAGAGCCCUGAAGGACUUGGCAUGGAAUGCAAUGCCAGCUUAGUCCAAACUAGUGGGUGCGCGAACAAGAUUCCACACCACUGUGAAGUCACAUCCUGGUCCGAAUGGUCUACAUGUGAUCGUACGUGCCACGGUGGGCAGAAGUUCCGUGCUCGAGAGCUCCUACAUGGCAAGUCUCGACGGAAUUUCUGUGCGGCGAUAAAGCUUAAGCAAGCUGCAGCCUGUUCAACACGUCCUUGCUACUCACACAGUCUUGAUUGCGAGCUGAGUCAUUGGACCUCAUGGGGAGCGUGCUCAUCAAAAGUGGGGGUUGGUGUGGCGCACAGGAAGCGAACCAUUCUUAGACCUGCAGGGUUGGAUGCGGAUGGAUGCUACGGUAUCAUGGCGGAGCUUGCAGCAUGCAAGCUAGCUCCACCACGGCCGAUAGAUUGCAUCUGGGGCGUGUGGAGUGAAUGGAGUGGCUGCUCAUGUUCCUGUGGAGGCGGAACCAAAAGACGAAGCCGUGCAAUCGAGAUGUCGCCGCAGAAUGGAGGGGCGCCUUGCCAGGCGAAAGAUAAAGAAGUGAUAGCUGUUUGCAACACCAUGAAGUGUGACACGACUUGUGAAGAUGGCUAUUGGGGUGCGUGGAUGGACUGGACGCAGUGCUCAGCCACAUGUUCAGCGAGCUACCGCUCUCGUCGACGGUCCUUGGAGGUACUUCCAAACGCUUGUGGGUCCGUACCAACAGGACUGCGAGAGCAGUUUGAGCUUUGCGACGACCUCGAUGACUGUGGGAGCGACAAAGACUGCUCACUAUCAUCUUGGGGCCAGUGGUCCGAAUGCAGCUGUAGCUGCAAUGGAGUUCGCGAACGAAAUCGUCACAUCACUGAGUAUGCCAGAGGCCAAGGGCGACCUUGUGAUGAUUUGCAGCUCAAGGUAAUUGAGCAGUGCAACCCGGUGGAAGGUGCUGAGCCUCCAGAAGCCUGCCAGGUACAGAAGCGGGAUUGCAUUCUUCGUGAGUGGCAAGCUUGGAGCACAUGCUCCACCACCUGUGGACCAGGGCAACAGACCAGAAAGCGCAGCAUUGCCAGCCAUUCAGAACAUGGUGGCCUUCCUUGCAAAGGAGAUUUGAUGCACACCCGAGAGUGCAAUGCUCAGCCUUGCCAUUCAGGUGGUAGACAUGAUUGUGUCUUGGGUGCUUGGUCCAACUGGGGCAGCUGCAGUCAUUGCGGCGGACAGCGCAACCGUCAUCGCAUCAUUGUAUCUCUGCCAAACUAUCGAGGAAAACUUUGUGAGGAUCGCAGCACGAAGGAGGUGUCAAACUGCACGUCGGUCUGCCAUGAGACGCAUCUGUGCGCCUGGUCAGAGUGGUCUCGAAUGCAAUGCUCCGACCAAUGUGGGAGUUGGACGACCCUUAGGAGCAGAGAGAUGCGUCUCUUGCCGAAGAACACCUACAAAAGCAAUUACUUCUUCAAGGGUGACAAGCACUCAAGCUGCUUUGGCUCGCAGGUUGAUGUUGCCCAGUGCCCUUCUACAGACUCCUGUGCACAGUGUUCUCCUCGGCAUUGUAGUUUUCAUCAAUGGAGCGAGUGGACUGAUGCCACCUGUGUUGGUCUCUGCGAACGACAGCGAGUCAUCAGUCAGAUGAACAACGAGUGUGGUAAGCCAUGUCAGGGGCCGCUUCUUGAAACGAAGCACUGCCGCACAGAUUGUGGCCAUGCCGUGGACUGCAAGCUUUCACAAUGGACUCCUUGGGGCCAUUGUACCAACCUUACCUCGGCUGCUAUCAAAGGGCAGCACUAUCGUCAUCGGCACAUUGUAGUGAAACCCGAGAAGGGUGGCUUGGCUUGCAGCGGUGACCUGCUCCAAACCAAACCAUGCGAGGCUGAGAUGCCUGAGCCUUGCUUGUUCGCUCAGUGGUUGUCGUGGUCCCGGUGUUCGGCAGUGUGUGGUGAAGGCACACAAAUGCGAACUCGCCACUUGCAUCAAGUGGCUGAGGAUGGCGGUAGACAGUGCCAUGGAACCUUACAGCAAGUCCAGGCAUGCCGCAGCUGGCAUGAAGGUUGUGAAAGCCAGGUGCGGGAGGACUGUGAGCUUGGCGAUUGGGGGGACUGGAGCUCCUGUGGCGUUGCCAAACAGAGAGAGAGGAGACGAAGCAUUGGCAACGAAGCCCGCGCAGGUGGUCGGCCCUGUUCUGGGUCUCUCUUAGAGACUGAAAGCUGCCGUGAGGACUUAGAUUGUGUGAUCUCGAUCUGGACAGAGUGGGACGAUUGCUCUGUGUCCUGUGGCAGCGGCCAUUCCCGACGACAGCGUCAAAUUUCCAGAUUUCCGAAGUUUGGGGGCAAACUUUGCCCAGAAGACCUCAUCCAGAUCAGAGCAUGCACUUCUCAACCGUGCGAGUCUGAGGAUUGUCAGGUCUCAGAAUGGCUGCACUGGAGUUCUUGCUCAGCUUCAUGUGGAUCUGGGUAUCAGACUCGCACACGUGAAGUUCUGAAGCUUCGUGGUCCGGGGGGACUGGGCUGCUUCUCUGCUUUGGCUCAGAACAAGAUUUGUCAUGGCCGCAGUUGCGUCACAGACUGUGAUUGGGGGGCUUGGGAGCAGUGGUCUGACUGCUCCCAGACAUGUGGUGGUGGAGUCAUGAAGCGCACCCGAAAUCUGCGAUCCAUGCCAAGCGCAGGUGGCGCAACAUGCUCUCAAAAGGCUUUGUCAGAAGUGUUGCCAUGCAACUUGGGUGCCUGUGGCGUCUCCUGCAUAGACGGGGCAUGGGAGGAGUGGGAAGAGUGGGCCCCAUGCUCGCGCAGUUGCAAUGGUGGAGAAACAUUUCGGCGGCGUCAGAUUGCAGCAAUGGCCAACUCUUGCGGCACUCCAGCAGUCGGCCAAAGCAGGGAGGUCAAGUUCUGUAACAUCGACAUCCCCUGCCACGGCUCCAAGGACUGCCUCUUAACGCCUUGGAGCUCUUGGAACGCUUGCUCCUCAUCUUGUGAUGGAGUUUCCAUGCGAUCGCGGGAGGUCGCUGAGUUUGGCCAUGGUGAUGGCCUGUUCUGUUCAGGUGCACUCAAGGAACUGGCCCCAUGUAAUCCUGCCCGCGAAAACCACCAGCUUGAUGAGUGUGUUCGUGGCCCGCCAGUGGACUGUCAGCUUCAGCCUUGGGAAGCUUGGACCGAUUGCACAGCCACGUGUGGUGGCGGUGAGCGCCGCAGAAGCCGGCAGAUAGCUCAGGAGGCUUACAACGGAGGCUUUGGUUGCCAGGAGCCGCUGCUAGAGGUCCUUGAGUGUGCACGCAGCUUAUGCUACGAGGCACAUGAUCCUGUCGACUGUGUCCUGGGCGAGUGGCACAGCUGGGGGGCGUGCAACUCAUGUGGAGGAGAGCGCACGCGAAUCAGACACAUAUUGAUGUUUGCGCAAAACGGUGGCAAGGAAUGUCCUCCAGCUGAUGUUGUGGAGACAACAGAGUGCCCGCACAAUUGCGGUACAAAGUUUGCUUGCACUUGGGCGGUGUGGGGGGCUUGGAGCCAAUGCUCUAUGUCUUGUGGAGUCGGAGGGCGGCGAAAAAGAAUCCGGAGGCUUGACAAGGUUGUGACACCAAUUGAGUACCGGAAGCCAUCUCCCAUAUACCAUCAAUCCGGCAGAUGGAACAUGCUACAAGAAUAUGGUGCAAUGCAUCGCAAGGUGCAGGUACUCGAGGGCAGACAUGGACAAGAAGUGAUGCUAGCUUUCCUGGCUGGCUGUGUGAGCAUGAUGCUGCUGGGUGUGGUCUUGAGAUCCAGGCAUGUGCAACAUGGUGUUCCUUCCGCUGAAGAUCAUUCAGAUGCAGAAGCGGCGCUUGUCGCAGCCCUUUGA